GGAAAAUAUUUUUAAAGGUAUAAAUGUAUUGCUUCGGUUUGAUUUUUCUUUCUUUACUUUAUUUAUCCCGUGUAAAAUGUUAUACUGAAAAUUUACCCGUUUCCUGCACCGGCACCGUCAUGGAUCGAUUCUGUGCUUUAGACAAUCCAAGUGCUGAAGCAGACUGCGAAUUGGAGUUAGGACUUCAAAAAGAUUUUAAAAUAUUUGAUUAUUGUUUCAACGCAAUGAUCGAAAAUGGAAAAUCCCUGUCUACUGCUCAGAAAAUAGAAAAACUCUGCAAACUGAAAUUUAUUGAAUAUAAUGGCAUCAAUUUGUGUUACACGUACGCAUUGAACUUGGAUUUGAAACGGGGUGGUAGAAUAUUGAAAGGCGCUGAUUAUUGUACCACGAAAAUAGAAAUGAAAGAAAACAAGGCCUGCAAAUUGCGAUAUCCUUUUCAAGAAAGUUGGAAGAAACAGCAAGAUUAAAAAAUUAUUUCAUCUAAUGAAUCACCUGAUGAAACAAAAGAAGAUUUGGGACGUUGGGGUUGAAUCAAUCGCCUAACAACCAAGACGAAUUUUGAUACAAAAAUAUUUUAAGAAAUAAAGAAUU